ACCAAUCAAUAUAGGAAAUGCAACCAGAUUGCCCCCUUAAGGCCAGGAGCCUGCUGGUAUGUUUUUGCAUGUUGUCUAUGGGGAGCAUGAAGCUUGAGCGUGUUAAUAUCCCAUAUAGAGGAGCCUAACAUAAACUACCUCCAUACAGACCUUGCCCAAAAAUUGCCAAAUUCAGGACCUGUCCAUCAUAAAAAUGACAUAACCCUUUAUUGGUCAGCAUAUGAUUGGUUCAGGCCUGACGGCUAGGACAGCAACUGAUCAAGAAAACCACCAUGAUCCAGUCUGGUGAUCGGGCGCCGUGGUGGUUUCCAUUGCCAGGAAUCAACGGGAAUAGACAAAUCUGAUCUGUCGACGUGUUUCACCGAGGUCGUCACCAUUCGCCUCCAUUGUGGUGGGAUUCACAAUCGUAUUUCUCAAUCUUUGGUGUCAUUAGGUUUUUUGUUUAGUGUUGGAAAAAGUGGAGCAGAAACUUCAAAAAUAAGAUUUUAGUCGUCGCUGUAUGUGUGUAGAAGGGUCCGAUAUUUUCAAAGGAGAUCUUGGGACUUUUUCUCUUCGAAUUUUAGUUUGUUGUUUUUUUUUUUUUGUGAUGAUUUUGCAGUUUAUUUCUCUAAAACUGAACAAAUCUUUAUAUAAAAGAGGAAGCGAAAGGUCUGAAUAGGGACGUGACGCCGGAGAAUUACCAGACCCAGCGCUCUCCGGGUAAUCACAAAUGUAAUGUGUGGAAACAUAAAAGCCGACACUGCAGUCCGGAAGAGCAAAAGAAAGUACGACCAGCACCAGGGGGUCGGGUGCGCGCUACCAUGGCUGCAAUCAUUUAAAAGCAAACGAGGACUACAACUUGUGUUCUUAUAAAGCCUGACAUCGUCCUUGCAGCGACUGAAUCGGGUUGUACAUGGAAGAUAGAAUGGAGCCUGUGGAGAAGACGCUUCCUCAAGAAUCUGCUGUUGUGAAGCCAGACAUCGAAUCUAGUAUAAAAGAAGGCAAACCUUUGAUUAUAACGAUUCCAGUAGACGACGAAUGCAAGUCCUCAGACGUCUAUGUGAUUUCUGAUAAUGCCUCAGCAAUAAAGCAAGAAAUUAAACCUGUGAUGGAUCCUUUACGACACAGAAAUGCAUUUUCACAAGGAGUUUACGUGAUUUCUAAUAAUACUUUAACAUUGAGGCAAGACACAAAACCUGAGAUGGCUCCUUUACCACUCAAAAAGGCUUCGUCACAAGGUGUUUACGUGAUUACUGACAACACUUUAAAAAUAAAGCAAGAAACGAAACCCCAGAUGGAUCCUUUACCACCUAAAAAGACAUUGCCACAAGGAGAUGAGUCUUCAGAAGCAACUAUUAUAGUCAAUAUUGAUGACGAUGAGGAAGAUGAUGAUGACGAUGAGGAAGAUGAUGAUGAUGGUGAGGAGGAGGAAGAGGAGGAUGACGACGAAGAGGAGGAGGAGGAGUGUUAUAAAAAGGAACAAGUGACGCCUAAAGGAGGUGAAAACGCUGCAGACUGGUUUGUUCAAGAUGUUAUCACCCCAGUAGAGAACAAAAGCGCCCAACAUCAGCCCGGACCAGUCAAUGUCUGGUGUGUGAAGAGCGUAAAGGUUAGCAACCAAAACCAGCCUAAGGGAGAAAAUCUUGGCAAAUCUGACAAGAAACCAGGGGUUAACGUUCUCGAAAACCAGGCGCUUCACAACAGGCAGGCCCCUAUUGGCUCAAAGUUCGGGGCGCCUCUCUCUGAUGCAAUAACUAUAGACGACGAUCUAGAAGAGAAGAUCCAGGUGUGUCAUGAGUGUUCGAUGUGCUUUACCUCGCUGUCCGAUCUGGAAGCGCAUAUGAAAAGUCACCAGGGCGGAAGUUCCUGGAUUUGCUCUGACUGCGGGAAAUCUUUUUACACCAAGUCAAGUCUCGAUCGGCACCAUUUAACUCACCUGAAACGUAAACCACUAAAGUGUCCGGAAUGUGGCAAGGAUUUCCUCAAGCAUGCAAAUUUUGAAAUGCACCUGCGGCUCCAUGCCGGGGAAGUGCUUUUUCCAUGCAGUGAAUGCGAAAAAUUGUUUAAUUCAAAGGCCUCUUGUGACAGACACGUACGAGCGCAUAAGAUAGAACGUCCACACGUCUGCCCCCAGUGUGGGAAAGGCUUUCUUUAUAAUGGCUGCCUCAUUAGGCACAUCAGGGUUCACACUGGGGAACGGCCAUUCCCUUGUCCCGAAUGUGGCAGAUGUUUUCGUCAGACUUCGGCUCUCAAUCGUCACGUAAAAACCCAUACGGGUAUAAAGCCAUAUGACUGCUCGGAGUGCGGUAAAUGUUUUACCCAUCAGUCUGAUCUCAACCGACACAAGGAGACCCACAGAAGAGAACAGCUUGUACAGUGUAUGCCAAGUAAUGAAAGCUCUUUACCCACAUACAUUAUUUUAUAAAACGUACUGUGGCUGCUGGCGUACCCAGUAGUUGGAGCAAUGUAAAUUAGUGUUAAUACUAAUGAAUUUGAAUUUUUUUUAUAGUGUGCAUAUGUAGAGAUGGAACUCUGCUUUGGAGCCACGGUAUUGAUUAACUAGCAGUAAUGAUACCACCAUAUCAGAUGCCACUUUCCUUUAUAAAGGGGGAGCAAACUGGUAGCAGCAAGACUGGGGGAUUUCUUAUUUCUUAUGCCUUGCCUAAGCCAACACGGUCGUUUUCCAUGCAGUAGUCACAUGAAGGUGUGCUGAUUUUUAUUUCCCCAUAUGACAUUCUUCUGGAAUUUAAAAGCUAUGGACACCAAUUUAAUUUUUAUUAUUAAUUUGCUUCCAAAAUGCAAAAUUCAUUUGAAACAUUCUAUUUCCGUCAUCAAAAAGUUCCUAGCAUUUUGCUUCUGCAGAGUGUAAGUCCUUCACCUACAGUUCUGCCCAUAAUUAUUCAUACCCCUGGCAAAUUUUGACUUAGUUACUUUUAUUCA